AUGUCGUGGUAUGAUAGGGUUAUGGUCCAGAACAUAACACCUGGGAACCCGAGGAACCUCAAGAAUGCGCCUGAGAUUUUGGCGGAAUAUUGGAGCAGAACGAUGUCGCGUCCAGACCGGUGUAGUGUUUUUCUCCCUGAAUGCCAGUACGACAUGGAUCGUCAGAAUGCUAUGCUGGAGGUACCUAGCGUCCUCCCCAAAGCACCGAACGCGGUACAAAGACCGGCCGAUCUGGCGUCGGCUGCCUCGCAGUUCCCGCCAAAGAUGGCGGCUUCCGUGGCACAGGCACCCGCUGGGGGACUGAGAGAGAAAGGUGGCAUCACCUUUCUGAGAGGGAACAUGGAUGAUCAGGGAAAGACUGUGCAUAAGAUCGAUCCGAGAGAGAUGGAUCUAAAUCUGUUGGCUUUGGCGCGAACCGAGUACGUAAACAUCCUCGGAAAUGUGUUGACAGACCCCAUCAGAGAGGGGCUCGUUGCGCAGUACGACACGAGCAAGGCUGAGAGUCCAAAACCGGCCGAAGUCGUGAGGACGUAUCAAAAGGUGCUGAAAGAGGUGACGCUUUGGAACAACCACAUCGUGCAGGCGGAGACGGAGAGGAUUCUCGGCGACUCGAAGACCAUGUUGCAGAAUCUUUUGGCGGCGAUCUACAUCUCGAACCUGAAGAUCAUGGCGAGUAUCAGGAUCUCAAAGGGCGUGUCCUACGUUUCGUUGACGAUCCCCUCUUGCGAGUCCUUCAUUCAUCGCAUCUACAUCGAAUGUGCACGAAUACUUUAUCAGAAUCCUUACAUCAUGCACUUGCGCGAGCACGAACCAGUAGAAUUAUUCAAGAGGAGUGGACGCCUGGGGGAGAUCGUUUCUAUGGCGACCGAGAGGGCCACUCGGGCAAUGCUGCCGGUUCGCGAGCUGCUCGAAGAGUAUCUGAAUCCAGACAUCUUUAAUGGGGCCGUGAUCGGCCUAGAUGCGCCACCUGUUGGACCUCGCCCCAGACCUCAAGUAUUCCGUCCCGAAUACGAAGCACCCCGGUCCCUGCCGCGAGAAGAGGUCUUCGAGCCCCCGCCUCCGCCCUCGCCACCGAGCGAGCGGCCUAUGCAGCCGAGCAUCGGCAUCGUGACCCCGUUGCAGACAGUAGAGGGACAGCCUGUGGAAGAACGCCCCGCAUUGCCGUUCCUCAAGAGCAACAUGCAAAAGAAGCUGGACGACCUCCCGCCCAUGUUGAGAGAGAAGUUGGGUCUCGACGAGAAGGAGGAGCUCAAGACUAUUGCGACCACGGCUGGUCGUGGCCAACCGCAGCCUCAGAUGAUGGUGGAGGCGUACGAGGGCAGGCUUCCCAAGAAUUCGUUCGAGGAAGAGAGCGAGGGUUCAGAUUCCGAAGAGGACGAUCAGAGCGGAGGCGAAGAGUCGGAUGACGACGACGAAUCAGGAGACGAUUGA